AUUUAAUUAUUUUUCCUUUUUUAACUCUCUCUUUCUCUGUCCCUCUCCCUCCUUCUGUCUUUAACUCUUCAAUCUCUAUGAAAUUUAGACGUAUACCUGUUUCAUUUUUAACGUAUAGAAGAUACAAAGAGUAAAUGUAGCUUAAAUAUACAGAUCUAUUAUUUAUCGAAGAUAAUAUGAUACACUAAUUUCUCUAGAAACGUAUUUAUUUUUACAUUUUUUUCAAUGAAAGUGAGAACAUAAUUGAGAACACGUGAUGUUCGACCACGUUGAAUCGUAUUCGCGUAUCUUCUUGUAAAUCUUCGUGAUUCAAAAUAAACCUCUUAUAGUUUGUUUACAAGUGCCAUAUCUGUUUCUCGACUUAUUAUAGAAUUCUUAAAAAGAUGUACGAUAAUAUACAUCUAUUAUGAAAUAUAAUAUAUUUAGAUAUACCGGAAUUACAUUAUUACAUGAUAUGAUUUAUUACGAUGAUUUUAUAAUUAUUUUGAUGGUUAUUAAGAAUUUCAAAUGAAAAUUUAAUAUGUAAACGAAACAAGAAAAUAGUAUUUGUUAUAUAAUUUUAUCGCAAAAAGAAUGAAAUCGCUCUUUUGCGAAGGUUACAACGUGACCUAUAUAAUACUCGAGAACUAAAUGACGGCAUCCCUUGAACUUGUCAAUUGUUUAUAAAAAAAUUUACACUAAAAAAUUAUUGGUAGAUCGUCCAAGAAAAUUAUAAUUGCUUUUAAAUCAAAUUACAAUUGUACAAUUUCGAGAUAAAUUUAUACAAAAAAAAAACAUCCAGUAAAAUGGAAAUUUUUUAUUAGCCUCUCAGUCUUUCGUAUUUGUUAUGCAAAUCGAUUUCUAAGGAGCUAUUAUAGACUAUAUAUUAUUGCAAUCCAAAUCUAAAUUCAAAUCAGGGCAUAAGACAAAAAGGAAAAUAUUGCGCAUAAUUCUGUGUUUCUGGAAUGAGAAAGCUGUUAUCUUUGUCAAAAAAUUUUUACCUCUUUUUCAGAAUCCGUUUAUCUUCUGAAUAAAUUCUAAAUUAUCACAAUAAAUAAAUUUUAAAUUAUCAACGCUUCUUGUUAUUUAGUAUGCAAAAUAUGAAACGUGAAGGAUAAACGAUGACGAUCCUUUCUCAAUUAUAGCUGGGAGUUUUAUAGUCGUUUUUCAAUUAUUUUGAACUUCGGAUUUUGAUCUUUUGUAUUAUAAUGCGCAAUAAUUCACCUUAUUAAUGUCCUUAUUAGCAUCGAUUUCACGAGCGUAGUAAAUAUCUAUCCAUAGCAUGUCAAUAAGACAUCAUUUCGUUCAAGGUUUUUGCAUAUGGAUUGUCGUAACUAAACAAUCAUAAGACGUAAACAUAAGACGUAAACUUUAGUUGAAGAACUAACUGAGUAACUCAAAUUUAGUUACUUAGUCUGAAUCUUGUUUAUACAGUUAUACGUCUAUCUUCUUCUAACUAAAAGAAUCCUAAAAGAAUAUUCUGAUUAUUUCUUUAGCUCAAGUUUGUCUUAUAUCUACGGCAAUCCACGUGCAAAAAUCCUUAAUAUGUUCGCAAUCACCGUUUAUCCGGUAAAUCGUUUAUCACAGAUCACAUUGCAUUUUUUUUCUUUCAUGUAAAAUGUAAAACUUCAUGUAAUAAUGUAAAACAGACAAUUUAUUUAUUUAAAUAUAAAAUAGAAAAUUACUACUGGCACAUGUAUGUGACGAUCAAGCUUUCAGAGAAAAUUGGUGCGUCACAUACACAUGUGUGACGUUAGUAGCGUAUGUGUUAAUCGAAUUGAGAAUCUUUUGCGAUCAAAUGCAAGUGGCUCCGGACUGCGUAGUGUCACUCUUGUGAGAGAGAGCAUGGCCAAGUCAGAAAUAUAUCUCUCGAUCUAUCGCGACUAGACCGAGUAUCCGCGUAUACAAGGUAAAUCUCGAUGUUAGAAAUACGGACAUGUCUGUCUCAUUGGCUCGACCGCAACCUUCUGUGUAUGACAUUAAAGGGAUGCUAUCGAAAUGGAGUUGGAUUCUUCUUAAUCUCAUUGUCUACAUGAACAGUGCCCCGGUGGAAGAUGAUAAAACUAAAGCCUUCUUAGAGCUAACUGAGUUGGAGUAUGAAGAUGCAUGUUAUAAUAUCACUAAUGCACAAUGGUCGUUUAUCAUGGUACCUUCCGAAGAAACAUUACUCGCAUGGGAAACGCAACAAUACGAAUAUGGGACAUUUAAAAAAAUACAGAAAGCUACAAUGCUCACUACAAUAACAAAUAAUGAGAAGUCACAGCUCAAGCCGUUGCUUCAAUACAAAUAUGACGUGAUUGAGAAACCUGGUGACGCGUUGCUGAAGGAAGAAGAUUGGAAGAAACUCGUGCACUUUGUUGGUGCCGUGGAAUUACAACGAUCAACCAACAGUUACGUCGAUAAAUCACAAAACUACUCACGAGAAGAUGUGGAAUAUUUGCUGUCUCAUAACGGGAAAGUGAACGAUAAGCAAGUUGCAUGGAGCGGUUGGUAUCGUAAACUACAACCGUUAGUGGCGAAUUAUUCAGACAAUUUACAUCUUGUCGCGAAAGCGGCAAAAGAAAAUAAUGCCAAAAAUGUUGAAGAAUAUUGGGAGAUGUUGGCAGGAUAUCCUGAUGCGUAUGAGAAAAUAAGGAACGAAUGGAGUCAAUUUAAUACACUUCAUAAAAAAAUUCUGAAAUUUAUCGGUACAAAUUUGUCUAAAAAAUAUGGAAUUACUGUAAAUGACACGCUGCCGGUUUAUUUACUCGGUAGCUUACAAGGACACGACUGGGCAGAUUUGCCAUCAGAUCUAUUGCCUAAUUCAAAUUUAAUUUACGAUGUCAAGAAGAAUCUCUGGAAAGAGAAAUAUGCAGGCAAAUCUCUGUACAAAACUGCAUCUAAUUUGGGCACGAUACUGCUUAAACGAGUUCCGCAAGCUGAAUUCUGGGAUGACAGCGAAUUCAAUCGACAGUGUCCGUCUAGAUUAUUAAAUCUUUGCCUAGAUGGUAAAAUGAGAAUAUCAACUUGUUCCAAAGCUACCAUGAGCAAUUUCCUGGCAGCUCAUAAAGAUAUCGGGAAGAUUCUGUUCAAUCAAAUGAUCGUUGAGAGCACUCCUAUUCUCAAUACAGUUAACAGAUAUUCGGGAUUGGAAGAAAGUAUAUCGACAUUGUUUGGAGUAUUAUCGACGAGUCCUGCGUGGCUGAAUCAAACCAACUUAAUGAGUGCCAGCAACAAUAAUGAAGAACGUAUGAUUGUGUCUCUAAUAAUCACUGCUCUGGAUGUACUUCCACGAUUAGCGUAUUAUUAUUCCGCGGAUAUGUGGCGAUUAAACGCAAUUACGAAAAAUAUCACUGAUCGGGCGGAAUUGAUGUUAACUUGGUGGGAACACAGGCAAGAAUACGAAGGCGUCUCUUCUAUCGACAUGACUAGUCCUACCUUUUUGGACGAUAGUUACAUCAUUAAUAAUAAACCAUAUCUUCCUAAAAUCCUUGGCACGUUUCUUGCUUUCCAAUUGUACGAAUAUAUCGCAGACUCAACCGAAGUCAGAUAUAACAACAUCGACGGAAAAUUUAUGGACAGGAAGAUAAUAAGAAUGAUACAGAGUGGUGAAGCCCGCAACUGGCUGGAUAUCCUCAGCAAAAAGUUGGAUAUAGACGACAUAUACGUGGAUUCUCUCAUUUCAUACUUCACACCGUUGGAGGAAUUUAUCGAGAUAAAUGAAGAAAACUUCGAAUAUAUAUCUGGAUCGAAAGAAGACCAAGAACUAGAAGAAUUGGAGAAGCUCGUGUUGCCAGAAAUAAAUGCUCCCACUACGACACCACCAUCGCCACCACCUACAACCACGAUUACAAACAGAAAGACAAAAGCUACAUUGCCUCAGUCUAUAAAUAAUGCGAACCAAGUGCAGGUAGAAGGAGAAAAGUCACCAGAACUGAUAACAUCCGUGUCUAUUCGAAAAAAUAAGCCAAACAAUCCUGAUUUAUCGGGAUCAACCGAAGUUCCUGUCAACGAAUUACUGGCGCCCGAUAUAGGAAAUGAUACACAAGAUAGCUCACCAAAGAUUAACACCAGUAAAGCAGUAUGGGUCGUAAGCGCAGUUCUCAUAGCCAUAAUCCUCAUUUGUAUAAUCGCGAUUUUCGGGAGACAAAGAUGUCGUAAAACACCAAAAAAUAGACGAUACGUUUAGCGAUAUAACUUUAUAAUUUUCGUCACUAAACAUAUUUAUUUUUUGCAUUUAGUCCCUAAGGAAAUUCUUGGUCUCGUAAGUUAUUGUCACAAACAAAAUAUGUCUCAUUAACGGAGCUGUUUCCUAAUUAUUAUUUAAUUUUGAAACACAUUCGACUCGCAUUCCUUAGCAAUUCUCCUUGCUAUAUAGAUAUAUAUAUAUAUGUAUAUAUAUAUUUUUUUUUUUAGUAUUGGCAAUUUUCUAGUAUCAACAUCAUGCUUAUUUUCUAGUAUCAAAACAUCACGCUUAUUUUUAAUUUUCGUAUUGUGUUCUGUCAAUCAUAUUCUUUAUAUUUCGUUUACAAAAUUUGCCUACCUCUAUUAUUCAUUAACUUAAUAUGAUUAUAGAGAGAAAAAUAUCAUGAAUCUUAAAGACAUCCUUUUGUUAAAUAUAUGUAUAUAAAGUAAUUUAUAUGUAUAUAUAUAUAAAUUACAUUUGUUUAUUUUUAGUAAUUAUAACACCUCAUACAAAUAGUGUUGCGCGCAAAGGAUUCUAAGUGGUAUAAAUGUAAUAUUGCGAUUUUUGCGUAUUUGUAAUUUAUACAUAUUUAUACUUAUACACACACACACACAUACACACAUAUAUAUUAAUGUCGCGUGUGGAGUGCUUCUACGUAUGAAAAAUAUAAUUCUUGUACAUUACGUAUACGAGAAAUUGGUUGAAUUAACCAAAAGUCUGGUGAAAUACGAGCAAACCAAAAUUUCGGUUAAAGUUAGUAAGUACUAGAAUUCUGUUCGAGUUAAUAAGAUUAACCAGAACUUGCAACUGUUCAAGUUGAAUGUAUAUUCUCUUCGAAUAUAAUGCCAACUAUACCUCGAUGACUAGUUUUGCAUCAUUGUACAUCUACAGUACUAAUAAGAGAGUUGUAUAAAUGUUAUACAAAGCUACAAAUAGUUGAAAAGAGAUGUUUAAAAAAGAGAAUAAAACAGUAAAUAAAGCUUAUAUUAAGUUGGUGCAAAAAAUUUAUCGUUAUUCUGUAUAUAUAAGUACAUUCUACUACAAAAUUACUACUUUAAUAUAAUUACUGCGAGAUUUAAUUAUCGCAUUUGCAAGAAUAAAAUUAUAGAACUAAAUCUGAUGUAGAAAAAUAUACUUGGCAAGAAAGAAAACUUGAUGAUAUUAACUUGAUGAUAUUUUUGUUUGUUAUAUAUAUAUAUAUAUAUAUAUAUAUAUAUAUAUAUAUAUAUAUAUAUAUAUAUAUGUAUGUAUGUAUUUGCAAUACAUUUUAUAUAUUUUGUGUGCAGUCAAUCUUUUUUUGCACCAACUUAAUACAUAAUAUUAAGAAUUCGCUGAAUAUUUCCCGGCGUACUUAGUAUAAGUAGACUAUUUUUCUACAAACAUUUAUUAUUGUCUUCGAGUAUUGUGCUUGUGCGUUGUUUAUAUGUAUCACUAUAAAAAAUUUAUAUUUUUUAUAAAAACGUCAUGUGUGUAUCUAUUUGAGAGAGACAAUAAAAAAUUAUUAGAAAAGAA